AUGGCCAUAAUCUCCUGCAGCAACGGAGCCUCUCUGCUCACACGACCACCAUCUAGAAUAUGUCUGAAGACUCUCACACGACAGAGUCAACCAUGGCAGCAGCUACGUUGGAGCUCACAUUCUCCUUCGGCUCCCUCCCUUCUGGCCCGAGGCCAAAAGCCCGUCACCAUCCAGACCCUGCAGAAGAUGUACGCGGAAAAAAGCCCAAUAACCAUGCUGACGGCGCAUAAUUUCCCAUCCGCGCUGAUGGCACAAGAGGCGGGGAUGGACAUCAUCUUGGUGGGAGAUUCACUCGCAAUGGUCUCGCUGGGCAUGCCGGACACGUCCGAGGUCACCCUUGACGAAAUGAUAAUGGCCGCUCGAGCCGUCAGUCGCGCAGCCAACCGAGCCUUCACCACUGGAGAUUUGCCCAUGGGUUCUUACGAAAUCAGCCCUGAACAAGCGCUUGCCAGCGCAAUCCGAAUGGUCAAAGAAGGCCGAAUGCAGAGCGUCAAACUCGAAGGCGGUAUGGAAAUGGCGCCCGCGAUCAAAAAGAUCACAACGGCAGGCAUUCCCGUGUGCGCACACAUCGGCCUGACACCUCAACGCCAGCAUGCUCUUGGUGGAUUUCGUGUCCAGGGAAAUACCCUCGACAAAGCCAUGUCUCUACUCAAGGAUGCCAAAGCGGUAGAGGAGGCUGGCGCGUUCGCCGUCGUCCUGGAAUGCGUUCCGUCUGAUAUCGCGGAAGAAGUGACCGGCGCUCUUAGGAUACCCACGAUUGGUAUCGGCGCAGGCAACAAGACUAGUGGUCAAGUCUUGGUGCAGAUCGACAUGCUUGGGGUUCGGCCGCCCGACGCCUUCAUGCCCAAGUUUGUUAAGAAAUAUGGAUCGAUAUGGGACGCCGGCUUGGCUGCCAUCAGGCAGUACAAGGAAGAAGUUGCCGACCGGAGCUACCCUGGGCCGCAGCAUGUGUACAAGAGUGACACAAAGGUGACGGAAGCGUUAAGAGCUGCGAUCCGGUCGGGCAAACCAUAG